AUGGCAGGAAAAUAUUAUUUGGUGGACUCCGGGUAUGCCAAUCAACCGGGUUUCUUGGCUCCUUGUAGGGGUCAACGAUACUACUUCCAAGAGUACCAUAGGGCUUUUAGGCAACCCCGAGGUAGAGAGAAAAUAUAUAAUCACAGGCACUCGUCUUUGCGAAAUAUCAUUGAGCGUUGGUUUGGAAUGCUUAAGAUGAGAUUCCCCAUUUUGAAGCAAAUGCCCCUAUAUAAGUUUGAAACUCAGAUUGCAAUUGUUUUAGCUUGUUGCACACUUCACAACUUUAUAAGAAUGGAGGCGCAAGUAGAUGCAAUAUUUGAUGAUGAAACUGUGGAGGCGCUGAUAGAUGAAAUAUUUGAAGAUGAGAAUGAUGAUGUUCAGGUUAAUGUGCCACAGUCUCGGUCGCGAUCAACGGAUAUUUUACGCGAUCAUAUUGUGAAUACUAUAUGGAAUAUAAUUCAGCACCCUUGA